AUGGUGACGUUAAAAAAGGGGGAUCACAUUUGGAUUGACUCCAGCAUUGGGAUCCCUAUUGGAGCAUGCGUGAAGAUUUCAGAAAAUGGACAGUAUUAUCUGCUCGAUGAUGAUGGGCAGGAGCAUCCUAUCUCAGAGGGGGAGAGGGACAGUCUUAGGCCAAUGCACCCCACCUCAGUGGAGGGUGUGGAUAACAUGAUCAGACUGGGAGACCUCAGUGAAGCCGGCUUGCUCAGAAAUCUGCUGCUGCGCCACAGACAGGGCAUUAUCUAUACCUAUAUUGGCUCUGUACUGGUGGCAGUAAAUCCCUAUCAGAUGUUGCCCAUCUACACAGCAGAGCAGGUUCAACUUUAUCAUGGCCGUAAACUGGGCGAGUUGCCGCCACACAUCUUUGCCAUUGCUAACAGUUGUUACUUCAACAUGCGCCGUGAUCAGCGCAACCAGUGCUGCAUUAUUAGUGGAGAAUCUGGUGCAGGAAAGACAGAGAGCACUAAACUCAUCCUGCAGUUCCUGGCUGCUGUGAGUGGACAACACUCCUGGAUAGAGCAGCAGAUUAUACAGGCCGACCCAGUCCUGGAGGCCUUUGGGAAUGCCAAAACCAUUCGGAAUGAUAACUCUAGCCGCUUUGGGAAAUACGUGGAGAUGUUCUUUAAUAAAGAGGGUGUUAUAGAGGGAGCUCACAUGGAGCAGUACCUGCUGGAGAAGUCUCGUGUCUGUCAUCAGGCACCCCAAGAAAAGAACUACCACAUUUUCUAUUGCCUGUUAUAUGGGAUGCCAGAUGAGCAAAAGAAAGUUCUGUCACUUGGUAAUGGAUCUAAGUUCAAGUAUCUGACCGAGGGUGAUUGUUUGACCAGUGAUGGUCGGGAUGAUGCUGAUGAGUUCCGACGGAUCCGUGUUGCUCUAAAGAUCCUUGCCUUCUCAGACAAUGACUGCUGGGAAAUCUUCAAAUUACUUGCUGCCAUCCUGCACAUGGGGAACAUCGACUUUCAAGGCACUGUAAUGAAUAACAUGGACAGCUGUGACAUCCUGUCAUCUGAACAUUUUUCUAUCACUGCCAAGUUGUUGAAGGUGGAUAAGGCCGAUCUUGAAAAUAGUCUUACCCAUCGCUCCUUUAUGACAAACAGAGAGAAAGUCACUAAACCCCUGAGCUCAGAGCAGGCCACAGACACCAGAGAUGCUUUUGCCAAGGCCAUGUAUGGAAGGUUGUUUGUGUGGGUGUUUACAAAAGUGAACAGCACCAUUCACAAAUCCCAGACUGAUGAUUCCUCUAAUUCACGCAAGUCCAUUGGUCUGCUAGACAUUUUUGGCUUUGAGAAUUUCAAUAAAAACAGUUUUGAACAGCUGUGCAUUAAUUAUGCCAACGAGCAGCUGCAGCAGUUCUUUGUGAGUCACAUCUUUAAACUGGAGCAGGAUGAGUACAGUAAAGAAGGGAUCUCGUGGAAUCGCAUUGCAUUUGCUGACAACCAGAAAACCCUGGAGUUGCUGGCUGUUAAACCUCUCAACAUACUGGCACUGAUAAAUGAGGAGAGCAACUUCCCUAAGGGUACCGAUGCCACUAUGUUAAACAAAAUGAAUCAAGAACACAGUGGGAACCCCCUUUAUAUCCCGUCCAAGAACAACCACAGCAUGCAGUUUGGGGUUCAGCACUUUGCUGGAACAGUUUAUUAUGAUUGCAAAGGUUUUCUAGAGAAGAACAGAGAUGCCCUGAGCAUGGAUAUCAUGGAUAUGAUUCGGAAAUCUCCCAACAAGUUGUUGAAUCAGAUCUUUGAGACUGAGCAAAAUAAAAACAACACCAUGCCGUCUAACAAAAUGAACCAAAUCCUCAUAACACCAAAGAACUCAUUACGGCAAGGAAAUGAUUCAAGGAGGCAGAUAUCGACCCUGAGUGUUCAGUUCCGUCAGUCUCUGGAUUCUCUGAUGAAGUCUCUGUCUCUCUGCCAGCCAUUCUUCAUUCGCUGCUUCAAACCAAAUGACAAAAAGAUGUCCAAGGCUUUUAACAGGGAACUCUGCAUGCAGCAACUUCGCUAUUCUGGCAUGAUGGAGACCAUUAGAAUACGCAAGUUAGGAUAUCCCAUCCGCCACAGCUUUAAAGAAUUCCUGUACCGCUAUCGUGUGUUGCUGAAGACCGUAGACUGUGACCCCAAAACUGAGCCUGCUGCCAAGUGCUGUGAAGCCAUCUGCAGGGCUGUGGUCAAAAAUGAAGAUGAUUGGAAGAUUGGAAAAAACAAGAUCUUCCUUAGGGAUUUUCACGACUCCUUCCUAGAACUGGAGAGAGAGAAAGAGCUUUACAGGAAGUCAAUUGUCAUUCAGAGAGUGAUGCUCGCCCAUAAAGACAGAAAGAGUUUUGUUAAGAAGAGGAGGGCAGCUCUGGUAUUACAGAGGUGUUGGCGUGGCCACAGAGACCGGACAGAGUUCUGCAAACUUAAGCAGGGAUUUGCUCGGCUGCAGGCGAAAGUGCGCAGUCGGCUACUUAAUAUGCAGUAUUUACGCAGACGAGCUGCAGCCAUCACUCUGCAGACGCAGACACGCGGGUACCUAGCAAGAAAAGACCUGAAACAUAAAAGAGAUGCAGUGAUACUACUGCAGGCACAGACCAGAGGACUUCUGGCCAGGAAAACCCUUAAGAAAAUGAAAAUGGAUGAGUUCUUGACUUCGCAGGAAAAAGAGGCUCAGAAACUGACAGCAUUGGAGCUCCAGCAACGCCUAGAGGAAGUGCUCAGACAAAAUGAAGAGGCCUCCAGAUCCCAGAAUGAGGACGAUGAGGAAAUGCUGGAGAAUAUCUUUGGCUUCCUGCCCAGUACAAUAGGAGGACAAGAGGGUCAGGCACCUGAGGGAUUUGAGGUGGAGGUGGAAAAACAUGCGGUGGAGGUAGAAAAACAUGAGGUGGAGGUGGAAAAACAUGAGGUGGAGGAGGAAAAACACGAGGAGAAGAAAAAACACGAGGAGGAUUUCACGGAGUUCUCUUUCUCUAAAUUUGCAUCUUUGCACUUCCAAGGAUCCUCUAACCACUCAAACAUCCAACAGCGACUACGUCAACCCCUACUCUAUCAUGAGGAUGAGGGAGAUAUCCUUGCCUGUUUGACAGUUUGGUGGAUCAUACUGAGAUUUAUGGGAGAUCUUCCAGAGCCAAAGCAAGAGCGUAUGUCUGCUAUAGCUGACUCCAUCCAGAGGAACCUCGGUCAGAGACAAGCACGGCGACUCAGUAGCCUUGUUGGAUUAGAUCAUAAAAUUUUAAGAAAGAAAACGAAACAACAGAAAGGAACUGGGACUAGGAGAAGAAAACCCUCAACCAUUCCCGAAGAAGAGCCUCCUGAAGAACCAACACCUAAAAUGCAGGCUGUUGCGGAGGAAGAGGAUGUGCUGUUUGGAGAAGGACCAACUUUUGAUCGCCCAAUGACACCCUUGGAGAAAUUACACAUUAUUGUGGGAUAUGCUAUUGUACGACAAGAUAUAAGAGAUGAAAUCUACUGUCAGAUCUGUAAGCAAUUAACAGACAAUAAGAGCCAGAAAAGUACGAACAGAGGCUGGGUCCUUCUGUCCAUCUGUCUGGGUAUUUUUCCCCCUACUGACCGCCUCACUAUGUACUUGAAGAGUUUCAUACACCAUGGGUCAAGUGAAUAUUCCUCCUACUGUGCAGAGAGACUGCAGAGGACUUUAGCAAAUGGAGAAAGAUAUGAACCACCAUGCUGGAUUGAACUACAGGCUGUUGAGACCAAGAACCCCAUGACAGUGGCUGUGGGUCUGAUGGAUGGCAGAAGCAUCAGCCUACAUGUGGACUCAGCCAGCACUUCUGCAGAGGUGUGCAAUGAUAUCAUCCAGAAAAUAAACCUUCAGGACACCUACGGCUUCUCCCUAUACGCUGCAAUGAAUGAUAAGAUGUGGUCUCUUGGCAGUGGCGGUCAGCAUGUUUUGGAUGCUGUGUCUAUGUGUGAGCAAGAAGAGAAGAGGCAGGGGAGAGAGGAACAGCACGCUCCCUGGCGCCUCUACUUCCGUAAAGAGAUCUUCACUCCAUGGCACAACUGUUCAGAUGACCUUAUUAGCACUGACCUCAUCUACAGGCAGAUAAUACAUGGGCUUAAACAUGGAGACUAUCAAUCUGAUAAGGAGGAUGAUUAUGUGCAGCUUGCAGCCAAACAUUACUAUGUAAAGCAUGGCUCUGAAAGCAGUUUGGAAACAACCCAGAAAAUAGUUCAUGAGAUUAUGAGCUUGAGUCUGAUUGAGAACAAGUCUUUGGCCAAACUGAUACAACUGGUCCACUCCGCGCACACAGAGGGUCCUCACAUAAACUCUUCUUCAACUGUUGAUGAAGUGAAGGCUGAGAUUGUCCAAUAUGCACGGAACAAGUGGCCAAUCUAUUUCUCCAAGUUAUUUGAGGCUUACGAGAUUUCAGGUCCGCUAUUGCAUCAAGACAAGUUUGUGGUAGUCGUGAAUUGGAACGGGGUCUCCUUCCAGAAUGGGAAUGAAGCCGCAUUUCUGCAGCGUUCAUAUCCAGAAGUGUUAAGAAUCAAAAUGCAUAGUGAGGACAAGUCUGGUGGGAUUGUGAGUUUGACGACUCCAACGGGGGAGUAUGAACUGAAGGUUGUGAAGGCAAAGGAGUUGGUGGAGCUGGUCGACAUGUUCCUUUCAGGUCUCAAGGAAAGAUCUGUGUAUGCUGUGGCAAUGCAGGACAAUAUCAGACAAGAGGACACCACAUUCCUGAGCUUCAGAAAGGGUGAUUUGCUGAAUAUCAUUAAGGAUGGAGACUAUGUUCCUGAAGAAGGCUGGAUCAAAGCGAGGAAUGAGAGAACAGAUCAAACCGGAGCUGUUUCCAUGGAUGCUAUUCAGAUUCUUCCAAUUCUGAAUAAGCCCACUGAAGAAAUACUGAAUUUGCUAAAUCUGAGCCCAGCACGGAGAAAGUCAGUGAUGCCGGUCUUGCCACAAAAGGAGGAGAUCACAGAGAGAGUAGCCUUCAUGACACUAAAGGAGUUCUCCUUUGAGUAUUUCAGGGAGUCAGGUAAGGUCAAAGGGGCCAAAGAGAAACUGUGGGCCAUCAGUAAAGAGCCUCUCAAACAGCCAUUGCUCAAGAGUCUGCAGGGCAACUCAGAUCUCUGCCACCUCGCUUGUGACUGCUUCACAGCUAUUCUUAAAUAUAUGGGAGAUUAUCCAGUCAAGCAUGUGCGUACACCCAUAGAGCUAACAGACUAUAUUUUUGGCCCAGCAACAGAGCACUUUGAACUAAGAGAUGAGAUAUACUGCCAAAUAAUGAAGCAGUUGACCAGCAACAACAAUGGGUUGAGUAUGGAGAGGGGUUGGCAACUGCUGUGGCUGUGCUGUGGUCUCUUCCCUCCAAGUCAAGUUUUACUGAGGCAUGUUCAGCGUUUUCUGGAGUCCAGACCGAGAGAUCCACUGGCCUCUGCCUGCCAUCUAAGAAUGCAAGCUAUGCUCAGUAUUGAGAGCAGGAAGUUGCCUCCUCACCAGGUGGAAGUAGACGCCAUUCAAAACAACAGCACUCAGAUCUUCCAUAAAGUUCACUUUCCCAACGAUUCAUCUGAAUUAUUUGAAGUGACCACCACCACAAGGAUCAGAGAUUUAUGUCGCAACAUUGCCAAAGAGCUCUUCCUCUCCUCAGCAGAUGGAUAUGGCCUCCUUGUGAAAACAUCCGACAAGGUAGUAAAUAUGAAUUCUGAAGAGUACUUUUUUGACAAUCUGAGGCAACUCACAGACGUCAUCAAAAAAGGAAAGAAAGUCAAAGAGGCUACUCCAACUAUUGUGCCCUACCUGGUACUCUACAUGCGAAAGCUCUGGUUUAAUGUAAUCCCAGGGAAAGACCUAACAGCUGACCUGACCUUCCACUUUCCCCAGGAGUUACCAAAGUAUUUACGGGGGUACCACAAUGUUUCUAAAGACGACAUAAUCAGCCUGGCAGGGCUGCUGUUCCGUACUCAGGUAGACACGGAUAAGUCUCAGUUCGUCAUGAUCCCUAAGAUGCUGAAAGAUCUGGUACCUUUUGAUCAGCAGAGUAUCAUAUCUGCUGAAGACUGGAAAAAGCACAUCAUUAAUGCAUACAACAAUCAGGCAGGUAUAACAGUAGAUGAAGCCAAACUCCAGUUCCUAAAGGUGAUCUCACAAUGGCCCACCUUUGGAUGUGCUUUCUUCGAACAAACAUCAGAGAAGAGUUACCCCAGUAUUAUUUUGAUUUGCAUCAGUAAACAAGGAGUCAGCAUCAUCCACCCUACAACAAAGGAAGUUCUUGUCAUGCUUCCAUUCAGUAAGAUCACUUCCUGGUCUAGUGGAAACACCUAUUUUCACAUGUCCAUUGGCAACCUAGUGCAGGGAAACACUCUACUCUGUGAAACUUCACUGGGUAAUAAAAUCAGUGAUCUCUUGUCCUCGUACAAGGACAUGUACCUGAAUGAGAGGACGGUGGUGCUUCCCAGAAAUCAUAUGUUCACUUGAAUGUGAAUGUGCCAUAUCAUCAGCCUGUCAUGUAGCAUAAGCAUUUUUAGUUUAUUAGCAUUUUUUCCAGUCUGCUAUUAUUAUCUUUUGAUAAUAAUUCUUAUAUGAAUUUCGAGAUUUUACUGCAUAAAAUAAUUAAUAAUUCAUAUCUGUUUUUCAAUAACAGUUUCAACGGCGUCACUUUUUA